AUGUCGUCCACAGUGGUCCAAAAUGCAAAGAAGAAGGCUAUGGAUAAAGCGGUCUGGUUACCAGAGAAGACUCGGACUAACACUCGCAAGCAGCAUCAGGCUACUAAGGCUAAGAAAGGCUCACAGCUGCCUGAUUCUGAGUCAGUUAUCGAUACAGAAUACAAUGAACCGCUGUGGGGUUCACAGCCACGCUCAAAGCCUAAAUCAACAAAGAAACAUAGUCGUGAAUUGACGCCUGUCUCAGAAACAGAUGACGAGGCAGAGGCUGUGAAGCGCAAACGAAGGCGACUAGAGAAAAAGUCGUCAAUUCCAACCUUCGUUCCGGGCUCCAAGGCAAAGAAAUCGCUUGGUCUUCCUGUUGAUAAACAGUCUGCUCGUGCUCGCAAACAAGCUGCAGAGACACCUGUGUGGCCCGACGACAUCAUUAGUGAAUCAGAAGAACCGUCAAGCGCCAACCACUCACCGGCAUCAUUGCUCAAGUCCAACACCAGCACCUUCGUCAACCCAUCGACAUCGCUCAGUACUAUCGACCAUGCAUCCAGUAGGGCCACCAGUCAAGUUCCCAGUACAGUGGAGAAGGCGAAAUCCGAGCCGGACAUGUCUGACACUGAGCUCAAGUCAGAUGUCGUCCAAGGUGCCAUCCUUGAAGCGAAGGCGCACAUGACAUUCACUUCUGGCUAUCCGGAAUUAACCGAAAAGGCAUCCUUCUCACGCCAAUCGCUCCUCAAGGCAGCUCGUGAUCGUGGUGCCUCGUCUAUUGAGAAGAAAAUUCAGAUUGACGACGGGUAUGCUUCAGCUCUUGCAGGCCUGGUUGAAGCUAGAGUACCAUUGUUUCGUGGUGAUCUGAAGGACGAGGCUUGCAAUCAAGUUGCUGCUUACCUUCGCUUAGGAUCUAGUAACUGUACCGCUCUCCUUGUCAACCACCGCUACCAUUACUUCAUGAAGUUCAAUGAUGAUGAUGUGCCGAAACCGGUGCAGAACAAGCCCUACCUGGGCGAUAUUAUGGUUCACCUCAUGAAGGGCUGUUAUUUCAAUGGACCGAAGUCAGUUGGUGUCAUGUUUGCGAGGAGAUUUUCCGAUAUUGCCAAGAAUAAAGCCAAAAGGCCCGAGGUCACAAUUCCAAUGGUUGCUUUGACAGCCACUUCGGUGUACGCAGCGCUCUUCUGGAAGGCACAUGGCGCUCCGGCCAAGUUUAACUUUACCGGAAAUCAAUUUAGCGAGGUCUAUUUCUUCCAUGCCAAAUUUCUAAAAGAUCUCAGCACAAAAUCACCUGAGAAAUUCCACAAGCUGAUGGCCGAUAUCUUCGCUGCAAUACAGUAUUCUUUUGCAAGGGAUCUCAUGCAGUACAAUAGUUCCGCCACUGAUGCAGAAGCUGAUGCGCUUGCAUUCCUCGACCUCGACGGGAUGGACGAAGACUAA